GAGUAGCUACGCGUCUUGUCCCCGCCCCCCUCCGACAGGGCACAGCAUCCAUCCUCUCACGCGCUGCGUGAUCCCCAUCACAAACCGAGAGCGGCGGCUUUGCUGAGCAGAUGGAGUAGUAGUACUAGUAGUAGUGGGAGUGCUCACGGCUUCCUUUCGCCCUUUUUCUCCACAUUCUUAUCUUUAAUGGAUUCGCCUUUUCUCUGGAAUAUUGCUUCAUCCCAUCGCGAGUGAGCUGCCGUGAAUCCUGAGAGGAGAAAUCUCCCGACAGGAGACAAGAUGGCGACCAACAACACCCUGCGCAGCUACUCCAUCAUCCCAUGUUUCAUCUUUGUAGAGCUCGUCAUCAUGUCCGGCACCGUGUUGUUGUCCUACUACAUGGAGUGCACGGACCUGUUCAGCGUGCACGUGCAGGGUUUCUUCUGUAAUGACGCCGAGCUGAUGAAGCCGUACCCCGGCGCAGAGGAGUCCAGCUUCAUCCCCCCUCUCAUCCUGUACUGCGUGGUGGCUGCUGCUCCCACCGCUAUAAUCUUUAUUGGCGAGGUGUCCAUGUACGUGAUGAAAUCAACGAGGGAAGCUCUCCUGGCCCAGGAGAAAACCAUUGUGACAGGAGACUGUUGUUACCUCAACCCACUUAUCCGCCGCAUCAUACGCUUCAUAGGUGUGUUUGCAUUCGGUCUUUUCGCCACAGACAUCUUCGUCAAUGCGGGCCAGGUGGUGACAGGAGGGCUCUCGCCCUACUUCCUGUCUGUCUGCAAGCCCAACUACACCGGCACGGAGUGCCGUUUUAAUCACCAGUUUAUCGUCAACGGCAACAUCUGUACCGGGAACCCCGUUGUUGUGGAGAACGCUCGCCGGUCGUUCCCAUCCAAGGACGCUUCGCUGAGUGUUUACUCUGCUGUUUACCUGACGAUGUACAUCACCAGCACCAUCAAGACCAAGUCCAGUCGCCUGGCCAAGCCUGUGCUCUGUCUGGGCACACUCUGUUCGGCCUUCCUCACCGGCCUUAACCGAGUCUCAGAGUACCGAAACCACUGUUCGGACGUAGUGGCCGGAUUUUUACUGGGAUCAGCCGUUGCUCUGUUUCUGGGUAUAUGUGUUGUGAACAACUUCAAAGGCGUCCACAGUGCAGCAGCCAAACAGAAAACGGAAGACUACCGUGGUCUGCCUCUGAUGACUUUCCCCCGUGUAGAGAGCCCUCUGGAGACCCUCAGCGCACAGCAAUGACACAUGUUCAGAAGAACAUACAGAACCACUCGACAUCGAUGACGGAGGUCACAUGACUAAGGGGGCAGCACCGGGUCACGUUUGCGUCCCCACAGCACUUCCAGACACAAUGACGAGGACGCAUGCCACGUGGCUCCGAAUGCUUAACAAAAAACACUGCUGAUAUAUCUGUUUAAUUCACCUGAGGGACAAAAUACACCAUGUUUCUAAUGGUUCUCAUCUAGUUGGGCUAUGCUCAAUUCAACCUGCACACCUAUCGCAUCAGCGGCAAAAAUAUCACAAGGCAAACUUAAGCACAGAUUGUUUUUCCAGAUACUGGAAAACCAUUUGAAACAUAGGGCAUUUUUCUCUCCAAGGUGCGCUGGUUUGUAGUUAGAGGAUGGUGUUUUGUACAUUUUGUAUGAGCGAGAGCUGUAGCCUAUCCUGACAGUGUUAAACCUGCGCACUUCCUGUCAGCUGACUCACUCUGUUUUACAUCACAUCCUCCGUCGGGUGACUUGCCUUGUCGAUCACCACAUCUAUUCCCCGUCAGUCUGAAAAAUCUGCUAUGGAAAAAAUAUUGAUGUUGUUGUUCUGUGAUGUUUGUCAUUUGUACAGAAAAAAAAAGACUUCCUUCUUUUUAUUAUCUCUCUCUGUGCAUUAAUUGACCGUGUCAGGUCAUAUUUUGUAAAGAUUUUUGUCAAUCUGUAUGACUAUUAUGAUCCAUUUGGACCUGUUUGCCUGCUGUGUAAACCUGGAUAUGUUUUGGUAUCAGUAUAGGUGUUUUGGGGAACAAACUCUCUCCCCUUUGGAGGAAACGACAAGGAAGAGUCAGUGAAGUCCUCCGAGUUAGAAAAUGGGGUUUGGCACUUGCAGUGUCAUGUUAUUAGUCACAAUGAAAAAGAAAUAUGAUUGGUUGGAAUUCUCACUAUGAGUUUGUGUGUUUCACCCCCGUUUCCUGAUUCACUGUGAUGUUAAUAAUAGGAAUUCCUUUACAGAGAUGUCCAGUGGGGCUAGCCUGGUAUGGUAUGGCUGCACAAUUAAAAACUGAAAUCCCAAUGGAAGACAUCCUUAUGAAAUACAUGGAAAAAACAAGACAGAAAUGCUCUUUGGUAUGAAAGUGAGUGACUUACUGAAAGCUUGGCUAGCCCUUUGAAUGGAAACCAGGCUAAUGACUCCUGCUUCACAUUUCCUCCUUGAGGCACCCCUCCCCCUCCCCGACCCACCAGUGUGAUGCGAUGUUGUGACUCCAUUUCCCAUUGGAAGAUACGCCCAGCAUGAAGAGAGAAGUCAAGAUGUUUUAUAGAUAUUCAUGAUUUCAAUUAUACUCAUUAUCAUUGUGAUUAUAAACGUCUUUUACUUUAAGAACACAAAAAAGCAUUUAAUUUGAAAUGCUACAUUUAUUUUUUUUUCUCUUUGUUUGUCCACAAAUUAAAUAGUCAGUAGCAAAAA